UAGACACGAAAAUGUCUGCAAUCUCGUUGUAGCCUCUUAUAUAAAGAAAUCCAUAGAACUAGGGUUUCGGCAGCAGCUUGAGAAAAGGAGGAAGAAGAGGAGCAGCAGCAGAAACACGCCACCAUGGUUCUCAAGACGGAGCUUUGUCGUUUCAGUGGCCACAAGAUUUACCCAGGAAGGGGUAUCAGAUUCAUCCGAUCUGACUCUCAGGUGUUCUUGUUUAUCAACUCAAAGUGUAAGCAUUACUUUCAUAACAAACUGAAGCCUUCCAAGCUUUGUUGGACUACCAUGUACAGAAAGCAGCACAAGAAGGAUGCAGCUCAAGAAGCUGUCAAGAAGAGGAGACGUGCUACCAAGAAGCCUUACUCAAGGUCUAUUGUUGGUGCUACCUUGGAAGUGAUCCAGAAGAAGAGAGCUGAGAAGCCUGAAGUUCGUGAUGCCGCAAGAGAAGCUGCUCUCCGUGAUAUCAAGGAGAGAAUCAAGAAGACCAAGGAUGAGAAGAAGGCAAAGAAAGCUGAAUUUGCCUCUAAGCAACAGAAGAUUCAGGCUAAGGUCCCCAAGGCUGCUGCAAAGGGUGGUCCUAAGUUGGGAGGUGGUGGUGGCAAACGCUGAAGAGCCCAAAGCCAUUUUAUCUUUUACUCUUUUGUUAGUUAAAUGUUGAACUCGGAAUAUUCUGCCGAACGUAAACCUUUUGUUGUUGCCGUUUGUCUUUUUCCUUUUGCAACUCGUAAUCUCAGACUUGAGAAUUUUAGUGCUUAUCAACUUCAUUUCACUAAAA